AUGGAGCAACAACAAUUUAUUAACGGUCUAGAAGGACUACUUACUCAGUUGGUUUCUAGUGACACUGAUACAGCGCGGAUAAGAACGGCUACUUCCACGUUGAAUAAUGAAUAUUAUAAUUCAGCUUCUUGUGUGCCAGCUUAUGUUCACAUAUUAUCGAGUUCUCCGAGUUGGCAGGUACGACAGCUUGCAGCCGUUGAGUUAAGGAAGCGUGGUCCCAAAUGGUGGUCAAAAAUUGAUACAAAUUCUCAGUCGGCGAUAAAAUCACGCUUGCUUGAGAUUAUUUUACAAGAACCGGAAAACAUUGUACGUCAUGCUACUGCACGUGUCAUAUCAUCCAUCGGUAAAAUCGAAAUACCGGCUGGUAAUUGGAAUGAUUUGCUUCAAUUCUUAUACCAAUGUUGUAAAAGCCAAAAUGCGGGUCAACGUGAGGUGGGGAUAUUCGUUCUUUUUACUUUGUUGGAAGUCAUCGAAGAUGUGUUUGCGGAUAAUCUUCUUCAACUAUUACAACUAUUUGGUGAUGCCCUCAACGACCCUGAAAGUCAAGCUGUCCGUGUCAUCACAAUGCAAGCUUUAGGGAGAGUCGCAGAAUUUAUAGAGCCAGAUAAAAAAGAAGAGAUUCAAAUAUUUCGAAAUUUAAUACCCCCUAUGGUUAACAUUCUUAUACAAUGUUUAAAAGAUGGUGACAAUGACUCUACAAUUAAAGGUUUUGAGCUAUUUGAAACAUUACUCAUGAUGGAUGCGCCUCUUCUAUCGAAUCAUUUACCACAACUUAUUGAAUUUGCUUUGACUGUUGCGCGCAAUACUGAAUAUGAUGAGUCUGUUCGUAUAAUAGCAUUACAAUUUUUAAUAUGGGUUGCUACAUAUAAAAAAGCCAAAAUUCAAAGACUUAAGCUUAUCGGUCCCAUUAUUCAAGAAUUAAUGCCAAUUGGUACCGAAGAUGACCCUGAAGAUAUUCACGAAGAGUCGCCAUCUCGAAUGUCUUUUAGAGUAAUAAAUUCUUUGGCGACGAAGUUACCACCCCAACAAAUUUUUCCUGUUGCUAUGGAUUAUAUUACUGCAUACGUUCAAAAUACUGAUCCAAAAUUUAGGAAAGCUGGAAUGAUGGCUUUCGCUGUUCUUAUCGAGGGAUGUUCAGAUUAUAUGCGACCAAAAUUCAAUGAUUUAUUACCCAUCGUUUGCAAUGGCUUACGUGAUCCUGAAAUAAUCGUUCGUAGAGGUGCUUGCUUAGCGUUAAGUUGUUUAGCAGAGGAAUUGGAUCAAGAAGUUGCUAAAAAUCAUACAACUUUGCUACCAUUGCUCUUUGAACUUACGAAUGAUACAAGCACAGAGAUUGUAAAACAAGCUUGCAAUGCACUUGAUCUUAUUUUAGAAGGAUUGGGUGAUGAAAUUCUUCAAUAUUUACCCGCAUUAAUGGAGAGGCUCCUUGUUUUAAUGGACAAUGGUGCCAAUGAAAUAAAAGACACUGUUAUCGCGGCCAUCGGAAGUGCUGCUCAUGCAUCUGGCGAAGAAUUUAAGCUAUAUUUCCAGGGAGUGAUCGAUCGACUACGGAUAUUGAUGACAUUGAGUCAAACGGAUGAAGAUAUAGUUUUACGUGGUGUAGCGACAGAUACUGUGGGUGCAAUUGCUGAGGCAGUGGGAAAGGAAAUGAUACAGCCAUACGUUGAUGAUAUUAUGCGUUUAGCUAUCGAAGGCCUGCAUAAGGACUCGACACGUCUUCGCGAGUGUAGUUAUUGUUUAUUUGCAGUCUUAUCUCGCGUAUUUAAAGAAGAAUUUGCAUCAUAUUUAAGUACGAUUAUGCCACAAUUAAUAAAAAGCUGUCAAAUGGAAGAACACACUAUACUUAGUGUUGAAGAAGAAGAGGAUCUUUCAUGUGAUUUAGAUAUCGAUGAUGAGGAAGAUACCGAAAUUACCAUCGGUUCUGCCGUGGUCGAUGAAAAAGAAAUAGCUGCCGAAGCAAUUGGUGAAAUAUUUGAAAAUACGCGAUCUCAUUUUCUUCCAUAUGUAGAAUCGACUCUCCAAGAGUUGAUAAAACUUUCGAAUCAUCAUUCGGAGACUGUAAGAAAAGUAGUAGUUGGAUCUUUAUUUAGCUUUUUGGCUACAUUUUAUAGUAUGUCAAAUCCGACUAAAUGGGAGCCUGGCUUGCCUGUGAAAGUCCCUAUCCAUGAAAAUGUGUAUAAUAUGGCCAAAGCCGUCUUAUCAACGAUUUUAACCAUGUGGGAGGACGAAGAAAGCAAAAUUGUAGUAAUCCAAAUUUGUGCUGAACUUGCUGAUACUAUCAAAAUCUGUGGACCUGCUAUAAUUGCUGACUAUGUAAGGCCGAUUGCAGAAAAUGUUCUUUUGCUUUACCAAAAAAAAGCCGUAUGCCAACAAGAUAACGAUGACGAUGAAGGUUUGCUAGAUGACGAUGAUGAAGCAGAGUAUGAUUCGCUCCUUAUAAGCAAUGCAUCAGAUCUUGUUGCAGCAAUGGCUUUAGUUCUUGGAUACGAUUUUGUUCCCUAUUUCAAGGAGUAUAUUCAUCAUAUUUCUAAAUACUACAAAAAAACAAAACCAGUUUCUGAGAGAUCUAUGGCAAUUGGAUGUCUUGGAGAAACCACAAUUGGUUUAAAGGACGGGGUCUCAGAAUUUACUGAUCAACUUUUGCCCUUGUAUUUAAAAGCUUUGGCUGAUGAAGAUGAAGAGGUUCGAAGUAACGCUGCAUUCGCAGUUGGGCUUCUUUGUCAGCAUACACGUUUGGACAUUAGUAGCCAAUAUGGAGAUAUACUUUCUAGGCUGCAUCCUCUAUUUACAGGACAGUCAUUAUUAAACGUUACUGAUAAUGCAUGUGGAGCAGUAUGUAGGAUGAUUAUGGCUUGUCCUCAGGCGAUUCCAAUGGAUCAGGUGUUAGAAGUAAUAUUGCGUACGUUGCCAAUAAAACGAGAUUUUGAAGAAAAUGAGCCUGUUUUUAAAUGUAUAUCCGUACUUUUCCGAACCAAUAAUUCAUUUUUUUUUAAUAUAUUUGCGAAAGUUCUUUCCCCACCCGAAGAUCAACUUAAGGAUCACACACGCCAAGAAUUAAUAGAACUUAUUCAAGCACUUAAUCAACAAUUUCCUGAUGCAGUUCUUAGAUCAUCAUUAGGUGAAUUAAUACAAUUUUAA